AUGUACACGCCGUACGGGGGCGGUCGCGUGCAGAAGAGCUAUAGCAGGCCAGCGGCGGGCGCCCCGGUGCGGGUCGGCGUGGCGUGGCGGUGCCUUCCGGCGAAAGGCGAGGAAUGUAUACGCUUAUCCAAGGCUCAGCGUCGGCGUCAAGUAGCUAAAGACGAUGAUUGGCCCGAUUUCUUCGCCGCCGUCUUAUUUCCAUCUUAUUACCAGCAGCGAGCGAUAUUAAAGCGGGCGCUACAC